GGGCGGACCCUGGGCGUCGCUUGCCGCCUCCUCGUUCCGCCUCGCCCCGCGCGGAGCCGGGGGUUGAGGCGGCGUCGGGCGCAGACGCCGGGAGCCCGCCCCUGCGGGCCCGAACCCCGACUCGUAGCGGCCGCGCCCGGGGGGCUGAGGGGCCGGGCGGCCCGGCCGCGUCGUAUCCGGUGACCGCGACCCCCGGGCGUGGGGUCUCCGGGACUGAGCCGCGAGCUUUCCACGGAUGAGCUCCCUCCCCACCGGUGUUGUUCUGCGGGGGGGUGUUCUCGUCUGUGACCGAAGGGUAAACUGAGGCGAAGGACCUUGCCCGGGAAUGACGGCAAAGAGAUUUGAAUCCAGGCGGUCGCUCUUCGGAGCCCGGCCCGCCCCGUCCGCGAAGACGCGAGCCGCAGCGCCCCAAAGCCCACUUGCCGUGUGUCCUGCCCUGGCUCGAGCUCUUUCUCUUUGCAGCGGUUCGACUCAAAUGGGUGAUGAAAAGGACUCUUGGAAGGUGAAAACUUUAGAUGAAAUUCUUCAGGAAAAGAAACGACGGAAGGAACAAGAGGAGAAAGCAGAGAUAAAACGCUUAAAAAACAACAACGCUUCUUCGGUGAAGUUCUUUUGUACUUCCAAAUGUCGCAGUCUGAUGACCGGGAUUCCAAGCGGGAUUCCCUUGAGGAGGGGGAGCUGAGGGACCACCGCAUGGAGAUAACGAUCAGGAACUCGCCAUACAGAAGAGAGGACUCCAUGGAAGACAGAGGAGAGGAAGAUGAUUCUUUGGCUAUCAAACCACCCCAGCAAAUGUCUCGGAAAGAAAAGGCUCAUCACAGGAAAGAUGAAAAGAGGAAAGAGAAACGUAGGCAUCGUAGCCAUUCAGCAGAAGGGGGGAAGCAUGCUAGGGCAAAGGAAAAAGAGAGAGAACACGAGCGCCGGAAGCGACACCGGGAGGAGCAAGACAAGGCUCGCAGAGAGUGGGAGAGGCAGAAGAGAAGGGAGAUGGCCCGGGAGCAUUCCAGGAGGGAGAGGGACCGCCUUGAGCAGCUGGAGAGGAAGCGGGAGCGAGAACGAAAGAUGCGUGAACAGCAAAAGGAACAGCGGGAACAGAAGGAACGGGAGCGGCGCGCCGAGGAGCGGCGCAAGGAGCGCGAGGCCCGAAGGGAAGUGUCUGCACAUCACCGGACCAUGAGGGAGGACUAUGGCGACAAGGUCAAAGCGAGCCACUGGAGUCGCAGUCCGCUGCGGCCGCCGCGAGAGCGGUUUGAGCUGACAGACGGCCGGAAACCAGUGAAAGAAGAGAAGGUGGAAGAGCGAGACCUGCUGUCCGACCUGCAAGACGUCAGCGACAGCGAGCGCAAAACCAGCUCAGCCGAGUCCUCGUCGGCGGAAUCAGGGUCGGGCUCGGAGGAGGAGGAAGAGGAGGAGGAGGAGGAGGAGGAGGAGGAGGAAGAGGAGGGCAGCAGCAGUGAAGAAUCGGAGGAGGAGGAGGAGGAGGAGGAAGAGGAGACAGGGAGCAACUCCGAGGACGCGUCUGGACAGUCGGCUGAGGAAGUGAGCGAAGACGAAAUGAGUGAGGAUGGGGAGCGCGAGAAUGAGAACCACGUCCUCGUUGUUCCAGAGUCCCGAUUUGACCGAGACUCCGGAGACAGUGAGGAAGGGGAGGAAGAAGCCGGUGAGGGCACUCCACAGAGCAGCGCCUUGACCGAAGGGGACUUCGUGCCCGACUCUCCCGCCUUGUCACCCAUUGAACUCAAACAGGAGCUGCCCAAGUACCUCCCUGCCCUGCAGGGCUGUCGGAGCGUGGAGGAGUUCCAGUGCCUCAACAGGAUUGAAGAAGGCACGUAUGGGGUGGUGUACAGAGCAAAGGACAAGAAAACAGAUGAAAUUGUGGCUCUGAAGCGGCUAAAGAUGGAGAAGGAGAAGGAGGGCUUUCCAAUCACAUCCCUGAGGGAGAUCAACACCAUCCUCAAGGCACAGCACCCCAACAUUGUCACCGUUAGGGAGAUCGUCGUGGGCAGCAACAUGGACAAGAUCUACAUCGUGAUGAACUACGUGGAGCAUGACCUCAAGAGUCUGAUGGAGACCAUGAAGCAGCCUUUCUUGCCAGGGGAGGUGAAGACCCUGAUGAUCCAGUUGCUGCGCGGUGUCAAACAUCUGCACGACAACUGGAUCUUGCACCGAGACCUCAAGACGUCCAACCUGCUGCUCAGCCACGCCGGCAUCCUCAAGGUGGGGGAUUUCGGGCUGGCGAGGGAGUACGGGUCCCCCCUGAAGGCCUACACCCCGGUCGUCGUGACCCUGUGGUACCGCGCCCCAGAGCUGCUGCUCGGCGCCAAGGAGUACUCCACGGCUGUGGACAUGUGGUCGGUGGGCUGCAUCUUUGGGGAGCUGCUGACCCAGAAGCCGCUGUUCCCCGGGAAGUCGGAGAUCGACCAGAUCAACAAAGUGUUUAAGGACCUAGGGACCCCCAGUGAGAAAAUCUGGCCUGGCUACAAUGACCUCCCUGCGGUCAAGAAGAUGACCUUCACUGAGUACCCCUAUAAUAAUCUUCGCAAACGCUUCGGGGCCCUGCUCUCAGACCAGGGCUUUGACCUCAUGAACAAGUUCCUGACCUACUUCCCCGGGCGGAGGGUCAGUGCGGAGGACGGCCUGAAGCACGAGUAUUUCCGAGAGACCCCCCUCCCCAUUGACCCCUCGAUGUUCCCCACGUGGCCCGCCAAGAGUGAGCAGCAGAGAGUGAAGCGCGGCACAAGCCCACGGCCCCCCGAGGGCGGCCUGGGCUAUAGCCAGCUGGGCGACGACGACCUGAAGGAGACAGGCUUCCACCUCACCACCACAAACCAGGGGGCCUCGGCCGCGGGGCCCGGCUUCAGCCUCAAGUUCUGAGGUUCGGCGCAGAGCCCGUGCCAGCCCUGCGGGUACCGACCAGCAAGGCUCAGUCGGGACCAGGGCAGGCGCCAGAGGCAGCAUGUGGGUCCAGACCGAGGCCUGGCCCUGACUGAGCACAGCCGCUGGAGGCCGUCGUGGCCGCGGAUCUUGACCUCACGUCUCAGACUGCCCGUCUCGUUCGCUUUUCCAACAUUUCAUUUUUAUCUUGGCUUGUAAAUUUGUAGAAUUAAAUCACGUUUUCCUUGUU